AUUUACAACUGUAAAGAGAGAACUUCCAGACUGCGAUGAUUCCCCAGCACAUAAUUUGUACAUUGCGCAGUGGUGUGAGGUGCUGGCGAUAUCGAAGUGUUUUGGUAACGGCUUUACGGCUCGAGGCCUUGGACUUUCGAAGCGGGCGCUGUCGGUCUACCUCGGCGCCUGGCACUGUCAGAUCCAUGGAGGAAAUACUGACGAGGGUUGUGGUACGGUUACCUACAUACGAGAUGAGAGAGAAGUCCCCUCCUCCCCCUGAAUCGUACAGUGUGGAAUUCAUGCAUUUCUACAGAAGCCUUGAAAAGGAAGAGAAGUCACAAUUACUGGCAAAGCUGUCAGAAGAUUUUGGUGUGGACCACAAAGGAGUUUCAGAGCUAGCAGGGAUGCUGCUCGACACUCAGUUAAGGGACUUGGCUACAAUAUUGCAAGUAGAGGACAGGUUACGAUACAGUCUGACUCCGCGCUAUAAACAGUUGCUUAAUCACAUAAGCAGGGUUGAGGGGGGAGUGAAGUUUCUGGUGGACCUACGUGCCGAUCUGCUUGAAAUAAUCUCAUCUAAAGGAAGUGACAGUCCUCAUAUUCGGGUAAAGCCAUUGUUUACAAUAUUAUAUGGUGGCCCGCUAAUGUCAAUUCCCGUAGCGCGUUUUGGAAAUAUUUGACAGGUGCAGCCAGGAAUUCUACACAACGGUACACGUGUUUCCGUCCUUGGAAUCGACUUUUUAUUUAUUCUGAGUAUUUGGGAAAUAGAUAACAAUAAAGAUUAACACAAUUGUCUGACUGCACCUGCCCAAAAACUAAAGUUCACUAAAUGGAGGCAGUUCUACUGCCAUAACCAGGCAAGUGUGAUUGAAAAUUGAAGUUCUUCCAAUGGAAAAUAUGGAAUAUAACAUAGAACACGUGACUUGUUUACAAACAAGCUAAUAGAUGACAUGUUGCUAUAUUUAAUGCCAAGAAACAAAACAGAUGUAGGUGCCUUAUACAAUGUACCCAAUGUAUAGUACAUUUAUUUAAAACUUGUGUGUCAAAGGCAAAUCAGGUGCAGGCCUAAUGUACUAUACUAAAUAGAGGUGUUGACAAAGUUGUAUGACAUGGAAGCCCCAUUUGACCUACAUUGGUAUUGGUGUCCCAUUUCAACAGACUGCUAGAGCAGUUAAUCUCUGAUCACUUUUGCCCUAGUGAAGAAACUAGGACUGAUCCAAGCAUUUAAAAAUCAUAUGGGGUAGUUUUAUUUUUAAAGUGUGUCAUUGAGGUCGUUCCAUGUCAUUUCAGCAAGCCAUGACACCCACCAUCUCAGAUUGUUCUGAAAUCGUUUCUGUAGUUAGAAACAGAUAAGAUUAGCAUUCCUGCAUCGUUAUUUUGUUGAAAUAUAGUUUGAUCGCUGAGAAAUUAAGCUAAGUGAUUGCACCAAAAUUGGCAAUUUUAAUUUAUAGGAUUCAUAUAAUAUUUAAUAAAUAUAGUACCCAUCAUCUGAUUUGGGCCAAACUUUUUUCUAACAAUGAGUAAGACAUAAGGAAUCAAAAUAAAUGGUCAAAAGCCACCCACGAAUCUAAGCUUAACAAAAAUAUAAACACAUCAUGUAAAGUGUUGGUCCCAUGUUUCAUGAGCUGAAAUAAAAGAUCCCAGAAAUGUUACAUACGCACAAAAAGCUUAUUCUCUAAAAUGUUGUGCACAAAUUUGUUUACAUCCCUGUUACUGAGCAUUUAUCUUUUGCCAAGAUAGUCCAUCCACCUGACAGGUGUGGUAUAUCAAGAAGCUGAUUAAAUAGCAUGAUCAUUACGCAGGUGCUGGGACAAUAAAAUGCCUCUCUAAAAUCUGCAGUUUUGUCACACAACACAAUGCCACAGAUGUCUCAAGUUUUGAGGAAGCAUGCAAUUGGCAUGCUGACUGCAGGAAUGUCCACCAGAGCUGUUGCCAGAUAAUGGAAUGUUAAUUUCUCUACCAUAAGCCGCGUCCAACGUCGUUUUUAGAUAAUUUCGCAGUACGUCCAACCGGCCUCACAACCGCAGACCACGUGUCACCACGCCAACCCAGGACCUCCACAUCCGGCUUCUUCACCUGCCGGAUCGUCUGAGACCAUCCACCCCGACAGCUGAUGAAACUGUGUGUAUGCACAACCAAAGGAUUUCUGCACAAACUGUCAAAAACCGUCUCAGGGAAGCUCAUCUGCAUGCUGACCUGACUGCAGUUCGGUGUCAUAACCGACUUCAGGGGGCAAAUGCUCACCUUCGAUUAAUCCCGGUUUCAACUGUUCUGGGCAGACAGCGUGUAUGGCGUCGUGUGGGCGAGCGGUUUGCAGAUGUCAAUUUGAAUGCACAGAGAUACCGUGAUGAGAUCCUGAGGCCCAUUAUCGUGCCAUUCAUCCACCGCCAUCACCUCAUGUUUCAGCAUGAUGAUGCACGGCCCUAUGUCACAAGGAUCUGUACACAAUUCCUGGAAGCUGAAAAUGUCCCAGUUCUUCCAUGGCCUGCAUACUCACCAGACAUUUCACCCAUUGAGCAUGUUUGGGAUGCAUUGGAUUGACGUGUACGACAGCGUGUUCCAGUUUCCGCCAAUAUCCAGCAACUUCGCACAGCCAUUGAAGAGGAGGGGGACAACAUUCCACAGGCCACAAUCAACAGCCUGAUCAACUCUAUGUGAAGGAGAUGUGUGGCGCUGCAUGAGGCAAAUGGUUGGCACACCAGAUACUGACUGGUUUUCUGAUCCAUGCCUCUACCUUUUUUUAAGGUACAGUGUCUGUGACCAACAGAUGCAUAUCUGUAUUCCAAGUCUUGUGAAAUCCAUAGAUUAGGUCCUAAUGAAUUUAUUUAAAUUGACUGAUUUCCUUAUAUGAACUGUAACUCAGUAAAAUAUUUGAAAUUGUUGCAUGUUGCGUUUAUAUUUUUGUUCAGUGUAGUUGAUGAUCCCUGGCAUAGGCUAUCUCCCCUCUCUAAACUUUUACCCACUUUAACAGGACAGAAGUGACUAUAUUAUUUAUGUUUGGCUAUCACCUCAGGUGCAUUGAACCUCCUAUAUUUACAUAGAGUUGUUUCAUGGAAAGGUUCCUGGGGGUAAUAUACAGUUGUGGCCAAAUAUAUUGGCACCCUUGCACUUUUCUCAGAAAUUCCCUAUUUAUUCUAAAAAUAUGUUUUCAACAUUGCAGAACCACAUUUAUUUUUGUAAACUGAAGUUGACAAUUUUAAUUUAGAAAAAAAGAUUAAUGGCAUCGACAAAAGUAUUGGCACCCUGGAGCUAGUACUUGGUUGCACAGCCUUUGGCCAAGAUAACUGCAGAUAAACGCUUCUUGUAGCCAUCAAUGAGCUUGCUGCACCUUUCUACUUACAAUUUGUCCCACUUUUCAGCAGCAAACUGCUCUAAUUUUCUAGUCCAUGCCAUUUGCCUUUAUUUUCUCAAUUACAAUUGUAAACUUAAGUUUUCAAAAAUAAAAUUGGUUCUGCAAUGUUGAAAAUCUAAUAACAAGGUGUGGAGACAUUUUUUUUCCAUUUCAACUUAUAUCAGAAGAAAAAGGGAAUUAUUUAAGAAAAGUGCAAGGGCACCAAUAUAUUUGGCCACAACUGUUUGUGCCAGCUGUUUAAAUAUCUAUAGAAUCAGAUUUUUUGCUCCCAUCACUCUCCCAUCCCUUAUUGAGGCAAGUUACCAAGUUGUACCCACAUCAGUCUGUCCGACAAAGGCCUCAUUUCAUAUAGAACAUAUUGUUCCCUUUUCUCCAUCUUGGGUGAUGUGGGACGUGGAGGUGAAAGGGCAUUUGCACUGAAUGUGAACAUUUCUUAAAACUGGACAAUCUAAUUGGUCAUCAAUUGGGAAAUGCUUGACUCAGUUUACUAGCAUCUUCCCGCAGUUAUUAUUUGGCCUCUUAUAUAUUAGUUAACUCACACAGGGAUUUGUUUAUCCAUUUAUGUUCUGCUGCACCAGCUCUUUACCUGUGUUUGAGAAAGAUGCUAAGUAUGAUGUACAGUAUUUCACCCAGAGGAGUUCCUUUAAAAAAGGUGGCACUGUCAAUUCAGUAGGCGAGAAUAGCUGUACUGUACACAAUGUCUCCCUUACUUUGGGGAAAGAAAAUUGGGGUUUAAAUGGAAUAGGUGAGAGUAAAAUAAGAGCCUCUCACCUACAAUGUGUCCGUGGGAGGAAAGAAAGAGGUAUUCAUAAACAUAAUAGUAAUUAAAACCGCAGCGAGUCAAGCAGAAAAGUGAUUAAAAAAAACUAUGAAAUAUCAAAUGGGCCUUAUAAAAGUUCUGAAUUCUCAAGACUGCAAUUACCAAGGUUCUUUAGAAGUGUCACUUUGAAUUCUACAGUAGAUUUGUUUGUUUCUAUCGAUUUUGUAUUUUCUCUCACCGUUUUUUAUUCUUCUUUACCUAUGCACAUAAUUACCUGGGAGGUGAGAGAUUAGGAAAAUAACAGGGAUUCAUAAUAUACUUCUGCUGUGACUUCUGUUUACUGGUCCCUUACAUUUGACAAGUACAUUGGUUGUGGUUUCUCAGAGGCAAUUUUAGCCUAAGUCUGUCACAUGUCAUCUAGGCCUACUGGAGCAAAAGGCACAUAGUGUAGUAGGGGCUGGGAGGCUGUCCUGUUGCACCCUGGAAAUGUUGAAUGCACAAUGGAAUAACUUUGGCUUUGGUUCCUGUUUCAUAUGCAUCACAGUUUCGUUAUGGUUCUCUUUGUGCAUGCAAUACUAGCAACUGUGUCGCAAUGGUGCAAAUUCCAAAUCAAUGUCUUCAAUGGCAUAUACUGUAACACUAAUUUCUAAUUUUACUGGUACAGCGCCAAUGAAAGAAAAUUAAAUUUUCUAUCAAGGAUUAGAAUCUCACAAGCUUUUUUUCAAAGGCUCACAUUAUUGUCACAGCCAUUCAGACUAGAGAAGGGGGGUUAAACAGUUUUAUUUCAAGGUCUUUGAUUCCUCAGCCUCUUCUCUUGCUCUCCCCUCUACUUCCAUGUCACUAAACCUGACUAUUGCGACUCUUCCAUUUCAAAGGUUUUCAUCUGCCGCAAGGUCAAUGAAAUGCAGAUUUGUCCCUGAGUUUUUCUUUUCUUUUGUGUGACUAAGAAUUGGGAGCUUCUUUAAUCCAGAGGCAAGGCGGCAGCUGCGGUUUUAUGUGUCGACAUGGCAUGAUAUCUUAAUGCUUUUUCAGGGUUUUUCAUCAAUCUCAAAAUUAUUUAUUUGCUCCUGUUAUCAGAUUCUAAGUUUGGCUUUUUCUGGUGUGAGUGAUCAAAGACACAUAAACACACACUCUGACACACUUCAAAUGUGCUGUUUUGUAGAAGUUUUUGGCCCUGGGGGAUAUGUGGUUGCCUGGCUACCCAAAAUCCUUGCUCCGGCCAAACGCUACGUCACACCCACGGAUGUUAGUUUCUUCUCCACAAUGAGGUACAGUAUGUAGCGAACAUAGAGCAGCAGAAGAAUUCAGUUGAGUGUAUUUCCAGUGUGAAAUUCAGCUAGAUAAGUAAAUAUGUAAGGGUGGGACAAAACGUAAAAAAACGAAGAAAAAAAAAACGCAACAUGUAAAGUGUUGGUCUCUUGUUUCAUGAGCUGAAAUAAAAUAUCCCAGAAAUUGUUCAUUCGCACAAAAAGCUUAUUUCACUCAAAUUUUGUGCACACAUUUGUUUACAUCCCUGUUCGUGAGCAUUUCUCCUUUGCCAAGAUAAUCCAUCCACCUGACAGGUGUGGCAUAUCAAGAAGCUGAUUAAACAGCAUGAUCAUUAAACAGGUGUACCUUGUGCUGGGGACAAUUAAAGGUCACUCUAAAAUGUGCAGUUUUGUCACAAUGCUACAGAUGUCUCAAGUUUUGAGGGAGCAUACUGUCUGCAGGAAUGUCCACCAGCGCUGUUGCCAGAUAAUUAAAUGUUCAUUUCUCUACCAUAAGCCGCCUCCAACGUUGUUUUAGAGAAUUUGGCACUACGUCCAACCGGCCUCACAACCGCAGACCAUGUGUAACCACGCCAGCCCAGGACCUCCACACCUGGCUUCUUCACCUGCGGGACCGUCUGAGACCAGUCACCCGGACAGCUGAUGAAACUGAAUAUUUCUCUGUAAUAAAGCCCUUUUGUGGGGGAAAACUCAUUUUGAUUGGCUGGGCCUGGCUCCCCAGUGGGUGGGCCUAUGCCCUCCCAGGCAUAGGCCCACCCAUAGGCCCACUCAGUGCCUGCAACCUGGUUCAGGUUGUCAGUCAACCUACCAGGGUAGUUACAAAAGUACAGGAAUGAAAUCAUCAACAUGUAUUGACCACAUCUUUACUAAUGCUGCAGAAAUUUGUUUGAAAGCAGUAUCCAAAUCCAUCAGAUGUAGUGAUCACAAUAUAGUAGCCAUAUCUAGGAAAACCAAAGUUCCAAAGGCUGGGCCUAACAUUGUGUAUAAGAGGUCAUACAAUAAGUUUUGUUGCGAUUCCUAUGUUGUUGAUGUAAAGAAUAUUUGUUGGUCCGUGGUGUGUAAUGAGGAGAAACCAGACGCUGCACUUGACACAUUUAUGAAAUUGCUUAUCCCAGUUACUAAUAAGCAUGCACCCAUUAAGAAAAUGACAGUAAAAACUGUUAAAUCCCUGUGGAUUGAUGAGGAAUUGAAAAAUGGUAUGGUUGAGAGGGAUGUGGCAAAAUAAAUGGCAAAUAGGUCUGGCUGUACGACCGAUUGGCAAACGUACUGCAAAUUGAGAAAUCAUGUGACUAAACUGAAUAAAAAGAAGAAGAAACUACACUAUGAAACAAAGAUAAAUUACAUAAAUAAUUAUAGUAUAAAGCUUUGGAGCACCUUAAAUGAAAUUUGCGGCAAAAAGGCAAACUCUGCUCCAUCAUUCAGUGAAUCAGAUGGCUCAUUCAUCACAAAACAGACUGAUAUUGCCAACUACAUUAAUUACUUUUUCAUUGGCAAGAUUAGCAAACUUAGGCAUGACAUGCCAGCAACAAACGCUGACACUACACAUCCAAGUAUAUCUGACAAAAUUAUGAAAGACAAGCAUUGUAAUUUAAUAGCGGACAAUAUUGGCACUCCUAUUUGCCAUAUCUUCAAUUUAAGCCUAUUAGAAAGUGUGUGCCCUCAGGCCUGGUUAUUCCCCUCCUUACGGAUAGUAAAGCCCCCUUUACUGGCUCAAAUAGCCGACCAAUCAGCCUGUUACCAACUCUUGACCAGAUACAAUGCUAUUUUACAGUAAACACAUUGACAACAGACUUUCAGCACGCUUAUAGGGAAGGAUAUUCAACAAGCACAGCACUUACACAAAUGACUGAUGAUUGGCUGAGAGAAAUCGAUGAUAAAAAGAUUGUGGGGGCUGUUUUGUUAGACUUCUGUGCAGCUUUUGACAUUAUCGAUCAUAGUCUGUUGCUGGAAAAACUUGUGUUAUGGCGUUACACCCCCUGCUAUAUUGUGGAUAAAGAGUUACCUGUCUAACGGAACACAGAGGGUGUAGUGGCGCAGUGGUCUAAGGCACUGCAUUGCAGUGCUAGCUGUGCCACUAGAGAUCCUGGUUCGAAUCCAGGCUCUGUCGUAGCCGGCCGCGACCGGGAGACCCAUGGGGCGGCGCACAAUUGGCCCAGGGUAGGGGAGGGAAUGGCCGGCAGGGAUGUAGCUCAGUAGAGCAUGGCGUUUGCAACACCAGGGUUGUGGGUUUGAUUCCCACGGGGGGCCAGUAUAAAAAAGAAUGUAUGCACUCACUAACUAUUUUAGUGCACAUUAUUAUUGGCAGGUACAGUGUUUGGCUGUUGACUUGCCAGGUGCUGCUGUAGAUGGACAGAAUAGAGUACGUCUAGCCUUAACUCGGUGUGAGUUUAUGCAGGUAUAAUGGUGUGGAUUUGUGUGUUUCCCUCUGAAUGUGUGUACUGUUUGUUUUUUGAGAGAGCCUUUCUCUGCUAUAAUGAAGUCAGAUCCUUGGAGGAGGACUAUACCCUGCUCAUAUGGCAAUGUGUUUAUUGAAGUAGGAGUCCUAUGUCUCCCCAUAUACAGUACUGUAGGCUCCAGAUCCACCUGUGCCAUCGUCACUACCAACAUAUAUAAUAAAAACAAACAAACGCCCAGGAGAACAUACACCGACAAAAAGUAGGCCUUAUAUAGUGUAGUAGAUGAUCAUGGAACUACAGGAUUAUGUGACAGCCAUGCCUUUGAUACCAGCCUGCGAGGGACGCUAGGCUGAAUGUUAUUAAUGCUGCUGUCAGUCACUAGAUCGUGUGAUGACAGUCAGGUCUACUCUGUAAAUUAUACUUAAGUGAACUGAUUGAGCUGUUCACAGUGUUAUUAAGGUGACACUAGUUACAGAUUGAGAAAAAAAGAACACCGUAAGCACUAUGGCAGCUCAUUUUCAGUGUGCUUAAACCAUUUGGAUGACAUUAGUCAGGUGCUGGGACUGGGAGUGUGGUGCUCUGAGGCACUAAUAUGCUUUAAAUUAUCACUUUAAUCAGUAAGCAAAUGUUUUUGUUAAUAGGUAAAUAGAAAUAGCUUAUUUGUGGCAGUUCUGUUUGUGUUUUAGGGUCAGCCACACUGUAGCCGCUACAUCCUGUAUUUGGAUCUUAUUAGUCUCUCUCAUAACUGACUAAUUAUCAAGUAACUGGCCAGAGCACACAGGAGCUUUACCUCUGGGUUCUGAUGUUGCAGGACCUGAAUGGCACUCUGAAGAGUCUGCUGUCGGAGUGGUUCUCUGUGGGUCUGCUGCGUCUGGAGAGGAUCACCUGGCAGUCCCCCUGCGAGAUACUGCAGAAGAUCAGCCAGUAAGAAGCCCCUGUAGUACACACACACACACACACACACACACACACUUAUAGCUCUACAGUAUGCACACACAAACGCUAAACCCAUGUCUGACUGUGUGUAUGUCCUGGCAGGUACGAGGCUGUCCACCCUGUGAGGAACUGGACAGAUAUAAAACGUAGGGUGGGGCCGUACCGUCGCUGCUAUGCCUUCACUCACGCUGCCAUGCCAGGGGAACCACUGGUCGUCCUGCAUGUGGCACUCACAGAGGAUAUCUCUGAUAACAUACAAGUGAGAGGUUUUAUAUGGAAGACCUGGUUUAUUGAAUAUGAGAGAGAAUGCAGAAAUUGAGACGUUUGUUCAGCUGUUAUGUAGAGUCAUUACUGUUCCUCUUUUCAGUACACGAGACCACAAUUUGAUAAUAGACUGGAUGUCUGACUCCAACAAUGUUGUUUCUCUUGUCCCAUAGAGUAUCGUGAGAGAGUUGGCUACCCUGGACAUGGAGGAGGAUGUGAACAAGGUCAAUACAGCAGUGUUCUACUCCAUCUCCUCCACCCAGGCUGGCCUACAGGGGGUGGAGCUGGGGAACGUUCUUAUCAAGAGAGUGGUGCGGGAGCUGCAGGUGGGUGGAGAAUGACAUCACAUCACCACUGUCUCAAUGAGCAGGCUGACAGGGAAAGUCGGACUGGGCCUCCACGUCUGAACACUAUGGAACGUUUCCUGAGUCAAUCAGCUGUUCCGCUGCGUCAUAAUACGUGAUUUAUUAGCCAUCUCCAGGGUCAGAGUCUUUUACACUAUGAAUUCCAUUCUCUCCAGACUUCCACCAACUUCUUAGAACCACAACCACUCACGACACCCCAAGCACUUCUGGCCAUGGCCAAUAAACACAUGGCAGUCAAUCACAACAGUAAUUCAACAUGAGCUGAAGGCUAUUUCAGUGUGGGAAGAGUGGUAAUUAUGAUAAGAUAGACAUUUCUUGUUAUAUAACCUAGACACGCUCUUUUUAACCUAGACAAGCUCUUUUUAACCUAGACAAGAUCAAUUAAACGAAAUACUCUCACAGUCCUUUAUUUCUACCUGCAUGUUAGGUUUGUGUUUGUGGGUAAAGAGCGGAUUGCGGCAGGAUUGAAUGCCCUUCUCCACAUAUCACCCAAGAUAGACAGAGGAAUAUUGACAUUUCAGCGGUCAGACCGAAUCAUGUGGAGAGGAGAGGAGAGGAAAGCACUCCGUGUCAGGGUGCUCCAGCUGUAGCUCUUAUUAAAUGAUUGGAACACUGAAUGGAAAAACAAGAGCCACUCAACUUGAUGGAUUUACAGUGGGGGAAAAAAGUAUUUAGUCAGCCACCAAUUGUGCAAGUUCUCCCACUUAAAAAGAUGAGAGAAGCCUGUAAUUUUCAUCAUAGGUACACGUCAACUAUGACAGACAAAAUGAUAUUUUUUCUCUCCAGAAAAUCACAUUGUAGGAUUUUUUAUGAAUUUAUUUGCAAAUUAUGGUGGAAAAUAAGUAUUUGGUCAAUAACAAAAGUUUCUCAAUACUUUGUUAUAUACCCUUUGUUGGCAAUGACACAGGUCAAACGUUUUCUGUAAGUCUUCACAAGGUUUUCACACACUGUUGCUGGUAUUUUGGCCCAUUCCUCCAUGCAGAUCUCCUCUAGAGCAGUGAUGUUUUGGGGCUGUCACUGGGCAACACGGACUUUCAACUCCCUCCAAAGAUUUUCUAUGGGGUUGAGAUCUGGAGACUGGCUAGGCCACUCCAGGACCUUGAAAUGCUUCUUACGAAGCCACUCCUUCGUUGCCCGGGCGGUGUGUUUGGGAUCAUUGUCAUGCUGAAAGACCCAGCCACGUUCAUCUUCAAUGCCCUUGCUGAUGGAAGGAGGUUUUCACUCAAAAUCUCACGAUACAUGGCCCCAUUCAUUCUUUCCUUUACACGGAUCAGUCGUCCUGGUCCCUUUGCAGAAAAACAGCCCCAGAGCAUGAUGUUUCCACCCCCAUGCUUCACAGUAGGUAUGGUGUUCUUUGGACGCAACUCAGCAUUCUUUGUCCUCCAAACACGACGAGUUGAGUUUUUACCAAAAAGUUCUAUUUUGGUUUCAUCUGACCAAAUACUUAUUUUCCACCAUAAUUUGCAAAUAAAUUCAUUAAAAAUCCUACAAUGUGAUUUUCUGGAAUUUGUUUUCUCAAUUUGUCUGUCAUAGUUGACGUGUACCUAUGAUGAAAAUUACAGACCUCUCUCAUCUUUUUAAGUGGGAGAACUUGCACAAUUGGUGGCUGACUAAAUACUUUUUUCCCCCACUGUACAUAGCUGGGAGGCUUGUCUGAAAGGUUGAAAUGGUCGUAUCCUGCAAUAAUGACAUGCAAAGAAAAUGAUAAUGAAAGCCUUUAUUUAUUGGAAUCUUUAUUUAUAGUAAAUAUGGACUCAAAUGUUUUUCAAGGGAUUUUUUAUGUGAGGGUAGUUGUUAGUCUGGUAGAGUAUAAGCUUGUAGGAUAAGAGUAGGUAGUGUGUGUCUUGUUGAAUUGUACAGUAGCCCUAUUCAAUUGCAUUAGUCCUGGCCUCAGUAUUCUAGCCUCUCCAUUGUUCAAUCUGCACUCUUGACAUUGGUGAAUCGAUCUAUGAAGUUCUAGGGAUGUACAUUGUUCUGUAAGACUUGAACUUUUUAUCUGUAGUCACGAUUCCAUCUGAACUCAGCGGAUAUUGAAUUGAAGCAGAAACAUGAUUUUGUUUUACAAAGCCUUUUCUUGUGACCGAUUAGUUCUGGCUUUAUCCUGAGGUCAUCCUGAUAACCCCUCAUAUCAUUUGGACAAAAAACAAAGAAAGUUGACACUGUGACUGUGUGCAGUACCAUUGCGGUGUUAUGCCCCACAUUAAGGGCAAUAUAACACCUCUACGGCCACUGAGGGACUACUACAAUGGAUGGAUGAUGGGGAGAGAAAGAGAAGGUCACAGUGUGAUUUAGGAAGUAGGGAGGAGGAUCCCGUUGUCUUUCAGCAUUACACUCUAGAGACGUUUCUGUCUCCCUCUCAUUUUGCCUGUACUUCUUUCUCUGUGGAUUGCAUGUCUGCCCUAAGCCUGCUGACCAAGGCUUUACAGUAAAUUGAACUGAUGAAUAGAAAGUGACCUCUUGACAUGGUUAUCCUCAGAUCCACUGACUCGUGUGAUGGAAGUACAGAGGAAUGAAUGAGAAAGAGGGAGAGGGAGGGAGAGAGAGGUAGAAGGAAAGGCCCACUCCAACAUCUGCCUCCAGGGGUUGUCUGACACACUUUGCCUCCUCUGCUGCCUCCUGUGAAUCAACACACCACACAGCUCUGUACCUUAUCAGCCUAGACAAGCAAGAGCCAACAUAACAGAGAGGGAGAGAGAGGGCAGGUAAAAGAAGAAAGAGAGGGCAAGGAAGAGAACUUGUGAAGAAGGGUAAGAAAGGGGGGAGAGAGUGAAACGUAGGCGGCAGGCAGUAUGUGAUGAUGGCAGAGAGGGACUAGGGACCAGAGUCAAGAGCUUGGAAGGUAUUAAAAGUGAGAGAGAAAUGGAGGGCAGGGUAGAGCGAGAGAAUGAGGGGGUCAUCCAUCUCUAUCAAGCCCAAUGGCAGAUAUGUGGAGAUGGAGUUGAUUGGUGCUGUUGCAGUGUGUUGCAGUGGGAAACAAAGCUGUUUGUAUCUGAUAGGUAGUUCAAUGAGCUCAGCUCCUCUGAGAGACACUGGGGUAUUACAUACAUUUUACAUUUGAGUCAUUUAGCAGACACUCUUAUCCAGAGCGACUUACAGUUAGUGAGUGCAUACAUAAAAAAAAUAAAAAUAAAAAUCAUACUGGGUUCAUUAUCAAGUGUUUGGAAAAUGCAUGCCCUUGGACAGUCAAUCAUGGUCAGUUGGGAAUAUGAUCAGGUCCAGAACAUUUAAAUUCGACAGGAUGACAAUUUAUCAUUGAACAUAUAAUAUCCAACCUAUCUUACCCUUUCCUUAAUGUAACUUUUUCAUACCUUUUUCAUGUACUUUUCUCUCCGUAAUACCUCAUUGGUAUUGUUCAUUAACUGGUGUAGACAAAGUCAUUUUAGACUGAGGCGGUCUAUCCUCUCUGUCUAUCUUUUUGCAGAGUGAAUUUCCCCACAUGUCCCAGUUCUCCAGCCUGUCUCCCAUCCCGGGCUUCUCCUCCUGGCUACAGGGCCUGCUCAGCCAGCACCGGAAGGAGGGCCGCAUGGAGCUGCUAACUGACCGUGAGUGGAGGGAGGUGGCAGAUGUCACAAACACAACCCCUGAUACCAACACCCUGGAUGCCCUGCGUAAGCUGAUCAGCACUGGCGAGUGGACCCGCUCCGAACGCCUGGUCCUAGUCCUUGAGCCCGCCCUGAUGCGCCUCUGUGCCUGGUACCUCUACGGAGAGAAGAGGCGCGGCUACACCCUCAACCCUGUGGCCAACUUCCACUUGCAGAACGGCGCCACCAUGUGGAGGCUGAACUGGCAUGCAGACACCAGCCCCCGGGGAGUGGCCAACUCCUGUGGCAUCAUGGUGAACUACAGAUACUUCCUGCAGGAGACCCCUUCCAACAGUGCUGCCUACAUGCACAACAAAGUCAUCACAGCCACAGAGCAGGUGCUGGGCUUGGUCUCACAGUUUCAGAAGAACAGCAAACUCUGAUCUCCAUGGACAUACAUGUACACCCACACACACACUUGGUAUCAAAGAUGCCUGACUUUACGGCUCUGAUCUAAUGUGCCAAAACAAAACACGUUGAAAAACAUUGAGACAAUUUGUGGAACGAUAUUCAUUUAUUUUGUUCUUUUCUUUUUGCAAUCUAGCCCAUGUAGCGCAUGGAUUUUCCUCUCCCUUCCUGGGGUGGGUAUGUGGUGUUAUUAUCUCUGAUAGACUCCCGGUGUUUUAUGGUGUGUGAGACUGCAGCUAAUGAAGCGAGAGACAUUUAUCAGGCCGUGCAAUGUUUCUGCUUGACAAUGUGUGUGAUGCUGUAGCACAGCAAAUAGGCUGCAGAGCUACUGGAAUAAACCAUGUUUUGAUUCUUUCAUUUGGCUGAUCUGUUUAGCUUCAAAGAGGCGUGUGCGUGCGCGUGUGUACGUGCAGAGCCGGGCAGGCUAAAAAGAGAACAGACACCCACAUUGUAUAGAAUUAUGUACAGCAAUACAGUACCAUAUUAUUAUCUCAUUGUCUCGGCCCUGAUUAUCACCCUACAAUCUCUACUAAUCAGUUAAUUACUGAUGAUCAAUUAGGCUAUUCUUUAAUGAGUUGUGCUCGCAAGAGAUUUAACAUUAUGAAUUUAAUUUACAGUAUAUAUAGAGUUGGUCCUUUUCUGCAAAAGGCUAAGUCAUAUUUCACACCAAAAUGUGUUCAGUAGCCAUGGCUGACACCAUAGUCCUUGCAGAGGGUGUUUGAAAAUGUUUGCUACCUGCCACCACUCACUCCCCCUAGAGACAUAUAUCUGAUGUACUGCUACACCAAAGUACUGAACCAAGUGGGACUCAUAUCUGCCCCCACUCUAUUGUUUUGAAAGCCUAUAUCACAGCAAGUUGACUGUGAAAUUACAUUUUAUCUCUCAAAGGAGCCAAACUUUUUUUCAGAGCCAGCCACACAGUGUCCCAGAAACUAAUGAAGUGAGAAAUAAAGUUUAAAUAAAUGGAUAGAUUUAUGGUAUUCACUUUAAAGCCGGGAAGGAAAUCAGUGAACAUAAAAGGACACUGUUUAAAGGAUGCCCUUGAGAAAGCAUUCCUCUCGUGAGACAGAUAGGGAGGGUGGACACCUGUGAGGAGUACAAAGUCCAAAGCUGUCACACCAUUCCACAACCAUGGAUGAGAGUUUCCAUGGAAACAACAAUGACAUGUCCCUACCUUUCCACUAAGCAAAUAAAAUAUUUAUUGGAAAAGUUGUCAAAGAACUGGAGCACUGAGACAAGAGAUAUCACAACAUUGCACUUCCACUUUAUGUCAUUAAUUGUCAGACAAGGGAAAAGAGCUAUAGAGCAUGUACAUGUGCUUGAAUUGAUUUGAUGUGUGAAUAAACAUGUCAGUUGUGUUAAUG